CGCUGCGCUGGAUAGUUCUUGCUCUCAUCCUGACUGCAGGAGAAAUGGAGGCGGCUUCAGACCAGUCCAUCGCCAUGAGCCGUAUCGCCGGGAAAUUUAUAAAGGCUAUGGAGGGUUGUCGGGACGAGGCCAAAUUAACCACCGACAUCAUACAAGGAAUGGAACAAACCUGGGACUUUGACUUCGAUGUAGACCGUAGAGAGAUCGGCUGCGCCAUCAUCUGUGCUUCCAACCAGUUCUCCAUACUGGAAGAUAACAAUCACGUGAAAUAUGACAGUUUGACAGAUUACCUUAAGAGUAUUGAAAAUGGUGACGUCCUUGCAGCCACAGCAACAGAAUUAUACACAGAAUGCGAGAAAAUAAACGAUGUCGAUGACGACUGCAGCCGCGCCGCUAAGAUGUUCGCUUGCUUCAGGAUCGAGGCCAAGAAGGCCGGCUUCGUGCCUUACGUCGACUUGAUUAAAGAUUUGCUAGAGGAGAGUUAAGACCCAACGGCGAAACGAGAAAUUCGAAACUAUACUGACAGUAUUGACGUUAUUUUUGC